AUGGGAACUUAUUUGCAUAAUUUGGCACAAGAUGAAGAGCAUAUUUUCCAAAGCCGAUUUCCCGCUGUUCCGGUCCCUGAUGAUAUCACAUUACCAGAAUUUGUGCUCCAAAAUGCUGAAUUGUACGCCACUAAGGUAGCAUUUGUGGAGGCUGUGACUGGAAAAGAAGUUACUUAUAAUGAUGUGGUUAGAGACACUAGGAGGUUUUCUAAGGCCUUGAGGUCUCUCGGUGUUAGGAGGGGGCAUGUGAUAAUUGUUGUACUUCCAAAUGUUGCGGAGUAUGCCAUUGUUGCUCUUGGAAUCAUGACUGCUGGGGGUGUGUUCUCAGGUGCAAACCCAGCUGCACAUGCAUCAGAAAUUAAGAAGCAAGUGGACGCUGCUGAGGCCAAGUUAAUUGUCACAAAUGGCUCAAAUUAUGAGAAGGUGAAAGGUUUAGGGCUACCAGUCAUCAUACUGGAUGAAGAAUACAUUGAAGGUUCCAUGAAUUGGAACAAACUGCUUGAAGCAGCAGACAAAGCGGGCACUAGUUUUUUUAAUGAGGACGUGCACCAGACUGAUCUGUGUGCCCUUCCAUUCUCAUCAGGCACCACAGGGUUGUCAAAGGGUGUAAUGCUGACUCACCGAAAUCUGGUAGCUAACCUGUGCUCCACACUCUUUAGUGUAAAACCAGAAAUGGUGGGUCAGGUCACUACAGUAGGCCUAAUACCAUUCUUUCAUAUUUAUGGGAUCACUGGAAUUUGUUGUGCCACACUUAGGAACAAGGGAAAAGUGGUGGUGAUGGGAAGGUUCGAACUUCGAACAUUUCUGAAUGCUUUGAUAACACAAGAGGUCACAUUUGCACCAAUUGUGCCACCAAUUAUUUUGCAGCUGGUUAAGAAUCCAGUAGUAGAGGAAUUUGAUCUCACCAAGCUCAAACUUCUAGCCAUUAUGUCUGCAGCAGCUCCACUGGCACCAGAGCUUCUUACAGCCUUUGAAAACAAGUUCCCUGGUGUCCAGGUCCAAGAGGCAUAUGGACUAACUGAGCAUAGCUGCAUCACACUCACACUUGGGGACCCUGAAGACGGUUCUCGAAUUGCAAAGAAAAAUUCUGUGGGUUUCAUCCUCCCAAAUUUGGAAGUAAAAUUUAUUGAUCCUGAAACUGGUCGAUCCUUGCCCAAGAAUACACCUGGUGAAAUCUGUGUCAGAAGCCAAUGUGUAAUGCAAGGUUAUUAUAACAAUGAGGAGGAGACUGCUCGCACCAUCGACAAGAAAGGGUGGCUUCACACUGGUGACAUUGGGUUCAUAGAUGAUCAAGACAACGUUUUUAUUGUGGAUCGCAUUAAGGAGUUAAUCAAGUACAAAGGUUUUCAAGUGGCUCCUGCUGAGAUAGAGGCUAUCCUUCUUACUCAUCCCUCAAUUGAAGAUGCAGCCGUAGUUCCACUGCCUGAUGAGGAAGCUGGAGAGAUCCCAGCUGCAAGCGUUGUGAUGAGCCAAGGUGCAAAAGAGAGUGAAGAAGAUAUCAAGAACUACAUUGCCUCAAAUGUUGCACAUUACAAGAAAGUGAGAGUGGUGCACUUUGUGGACACAAUCCCAAAAUCACCUUCUGGGAAAAUAAUGAGAAGGCUUAUUAGAGAGAAGAUGGUGGAGAAGAUGCGGGCAAAGCUCCACAGCGAAUCCAAUGUUGAAAAAUAA